AGACUUCUCUUACAACCAGCUUUCAGGCAGCAUCCCUGCCAGCUUCAGUGAGCUCCGCCAGCUAACGUUCAUAUCUUUGUUCGUUAAUCGUCUCAACGGCUCCAUCCCAUCUGAGCUUGGCUCAUUGACAAAUCUGGAGUCAUUAGACCUCUCUUACAACCAGCUCUCAGGCAGCAUCCCUGCUAGCUUAGGGGAUCUCCGCGAACUCAAGUCCCUGCAUCUGGAUCACACCAAUGUCUCAGGGACUAUCCCACCAUCCCUUGGAGGUCUUCUCUACUUGAAGAACUUCACCACCAAGGACACCAACCUCACAUGUCCGGACAACUACACCAGCUGUGGUCAGACGCAAAACCCUUGGACUGCCUUUUGCCGCAAGUGCCCUUUCUUUUGCGAAACAUGCCUCAAGUCAACAGCGAACCCCAGCGAUAGCAGCGGCUUACCGCUGGGGGCCAUCAUUGGCAUUGUUGUUGCUUCCGUGGUGGUGGUGGUGCUGCUGCUGCUGGCUGCUGUGCUGCUCUGCCUCAGGCACAAGCAGCGGCAGAAGACAACAGCCUUAACCAGCACCGAGUUUUCUCUCUCUGAGGUUGAAGCAGCCACCAGCAACUGGUCUGCGGACAACCAGCUAGGCUCGGGGGCCUUUGGUGACGUGUACAAGGGGGUGUCGCCACGCGAUGGUGUCACAGAGUGGGCUGUGAAGCGCGCCAAGCUGAUCGACGUGGACUUCCAGCGGGAGAUCCAGCAAAUGGCCGACAAGAACCAUCCCAACAUCGUGCGGCUGCUUGGGUUUGCUGUGGGGGGGGACAUGAGGACGCGGCCAGAGCAGGUGCUCAUCUACGAGUUUGUGCCUAACGGCGACCUUGCAACGUGGCUGGACCCAACAAAGUCACCAUUCUCACUGACUCUGCCACAAUGGCUGGGCAUCCUCAUUGGGGCGGCGCGUGGCUUGGAGUAUCUCCACAGCUUUGGCUUCGUGCAUCGCGACAUCAAACCCGCCAACAUCCUCAUCAGCGCCGACAUGCAGGCGAAGAUUGCGGAUUUUGGAUUGGUGAGGGUGGGAGAGGGCACGACAGUGGGUUCUACCCGAGUGAUGGGCACACCUGGCUAUGUGGACCCUGUUUACACGAGGACAAAUAAGGCAACCACGGCCACUGAUGUUUACAGCUUUGGAGUGCUCAUCCUCGUGGUGCUUACGGGACGUUCUUCAAUAGCUGAGCCUGGAAGGGAGAGGAUGCACAUCCUACAUUGGGUGGAAGAGUGCCUGAAGGGCUCCAACCUGGCUUGCCUGAAGAACCCCACUGUGGAAGUCUCAGAGGAGGUGCUGCUGCGCCUGACCCAGCUCGCACUCACCUGCACGGUGGAUCGCACUGCAAGCCGUCCAACCAUGGGGGACGUUGCAAAUGAGUUGCUGGUGAUUAAGAACGAAGUGGGGGGGAAGGAGGAGGUGAGUGCGGCGGUGAAAGUGGAUGAGGAGAAUGAAGAAAGGAAGAGUGCGUAUACGGCACUCAAAACCCUGGAUGAAGAAAUAGACCUUAUCCAUGAUGACAACAUUUUAUCGAUAAGGUGUUGCUGA